AUUGCCGUACUACGUCAUCUGUAGAGUCACUUCCGCGUGUGGUUGAGGUAACCGCUUGUGCUUCAUAAAAUCAUUCAUGGCAAACUAUAAAUGAACGCGCUGCAGCCUCUUCAAUACAGUAUGUCCUUCGAUACUUCCCUCGAGUAAAAUACAACGUAUUUCAUCUUCGUGUGCGGAUAAACUCGUUUUGGUGACCGUUGAAGCUUCCCAGGCUGGUUUGGCUGAGUUUAGCUUGGUAGCUGCUAAGAAAGGCGUGUUGCGGCACAUCGCUAGGCGGAGAUCAAGUGUUACGAUUAUUCUGUGCAAAAAAAAAAAUAUGAAAGAAGAGUACAACGAGGAUUUUUCUGGAACAAAAGACGAGUCUGGGCGACAACGUCAACUUGUAUGGAAAAAGCCCCAAGAAGAGCUAUACAGAACAGAUGUCAAUGAACAAGAGCUUGUUGGUGAGCUGCAGAAGGCAGAGCCCCACAUCAAAGAGGAAGAGAGGUCGGCGACCUUGCACAUCAAAGAGGAAGAGGAGGAGGCUGAUAUCACAAAGUUUCCAUUGACGGUUUUUAUUGUGAAGAGGGAAGAUGAUGAAGACCAAGAGGCGAGUGAAAAGCGUCUUCCACGUGAGCAAAAGCAGUUGCGGACAUCUCAGCUUAAAGAGGAAGAGGACGCAUCCCCCCAUGUGAGAGACGACGAGGAGGACGUGCAAGAGAUUGUCCGUUGGAAAAAGCAAGUGGAGCUGACCGAUAUCACCAAGUUGCUAUCGACUGGUUUCUCUUUGCAGAAUGAAAAUGAAGUUAAAGGACAAAGUGAUGAGAACAGAGGGCACGAGCCUCCAAACUGCAGGACGACAGCAGAAGGUGAUGGAGACCACUGCGGGGUAUCCCAAGCAGACGGUCUUUUAGCGCCACUAUCGGACAGUGAAGACAUAACGUCACACUCUUCUUACACUGAUGAUGAUGAUGAUGAUGAAGAACACACCAAAGGUGAAAUGGCAUGUCCCACUGACAAAAAGCACUGGCAAUGUUCUCAGUGUGGCAAAAGUUUGGGUUCAAAGUGGGGCUUGAAAGGACACAUGAGGUUGCACACUGGGGAAAAACCAUUUUCCUGCUCACUCUGUGGUAAAACAUUUGCUUUCAAGGGACAACUGGGGAGGCACACAGCAAUGCACACUGGAGAAAAACCUUUUGCCUGCUCUGUCUGUGGUAAAAAAUUCCCAACCAAGACAGAAUCAAAAUCACACACAAAGAUACACACACGGGAACAACCUUUUCCCUGCUCAAUUUGUGGAAAAAGAUUCCCUAGACGAGGAAAUUUGACAAGACACACAAGAUCGCACACUGGGCAGAAACCUUUUUCCUGCUCAGUUUGUGGUCAACGAUUCACUGCAAAGACAAAUUUAAACAAGCACACAAGAAGUCACACUGGGGAGAAACCUUUCACCUGCUCAGUGUGCGAUCAACGAUUCUCUAUACAGGGAAGUUUAAAAAGACACGCGAGGACGCACACUGGGGAGAAACCUUUUGCCUGCUCAGUUUGUAAUAAGAAAUUCUCGACACAGGAUAAUUUCAAAAGACACACAAGAACACACACUGGAGAAAAACGUUUUGCCUGUUCCCUUUGUGAUAAAAGGUUCCAUGUCAAGGCUCACCUAAUAUCCCACACAAUGACCCACACGGAGGAGAAACCUUUUGUCUGCUCGGCUUGUGGUAAAGGAUUCACGAGAAGAGAAAAUUUAAGAGCACACGCCAGAACUCACACUGGGGAGAAAGCGUUUGCCUGCUCGGUUUGCGGUAAAAGACUUUCUACGAGAGGGUGUUUGAACAGACACGUUAAGACGCACACAGGAGGGAAAGCUUUUGCCUGCUUGGUUUGCGGUAAAAGACUUUCUACGAGAGGGUGUUUGAACAGACACGUUAAGACGCACACAGGAGGGAAAGCUUUUCCCUGUCCAGUAUGAGGGAAAAUAUUCUCUGUCGAGAGAUUUUUAAAAGAGCAUACAAGAACACACACUGCAGAGAAAACUUUUACUGGUUCAUUUGUACAACUUUAGUUCGGGACCGGACGAGCUUUGUAUUGAGCAGACGGAUCUGACCCCCUCCAUCAGUUUUUGAAAUUUUGGUCGGCCGUGUAGUUUUUUGGGGUGGGUGGAUGUUUUUCUUUCAUGUAUUUUUCUCGCGUUGCCAUUUGCAAGUAAGGUGAGCAAUUAUAUUAAAAGGACUAAGAUUUAAGACAUGGGGUAAUGAAGACAGAACUUGAAUUAGGGCCUCCAGUAUUCGGGCCACUUGUGGUUUUAAGUCCAAUAAAUAUUUGAUUAAAAA